UAAUAAAUUUUUUAUCAUUAUAAAAAAUAGAACUAAAUAAUAUUUCGAAAAUUUUAAUAUUUAUAUUUAUAGUUUCUAUUUAUAUUAUAAUAUUAUUUAUUGUUAUAUGAAUGAUAAUCUAUAAAUGAUUACCAUAUUCUAAAAUCUUAUCCAAAAUAUAAAUCAACAUUAAAUGUAAAUGUUUAUUUCACAAUUAGCUUUAAGCCAUGUCAUCAUUGUUAGUAUGUCAUGUCAUCAUUUUUCUUUCAAAAUCAUUGUGAUGAUAAAUGAUAAAGAGGAAGAUACAAUGAUAAAACCAGAAGAAACGGCAACGGUGGAGGCGACAAUCUGAAGGAAGCGGUGGUCAGGGUAAUUACCAAAGAACGGCGAUUAUAAAUACAGAGGAAACAAUGGUCUUUAUAAUAGGGGUUCAUGUUGCUAUGGUGGUGGUAUUCAUGAUAGCGAUCGCUGAUGCAUUACAUUUAUGGAAGAAAUAAAAAUAUGUAAAGAAUAAAAAGUGUAAAACAGAUAUAAAAAGAAUAGAUCAGACUAAAUAGUAUAGAAAAUAUUACUGUAUUUAUUAAAUAUAAUUAUAUAAUAGGAAAAUAUACUAGAAGAGGAAAAUGAAAAGAAAAAAGAAAAUGAAGAAGAAGACGAAGAAAGAGAGAGAGAGAGAGAGAGAGGGGGGGGGGGGAGAAUAACUGAAAUAGAAAAAAUAUUAUAAAUAUAUAUAUUUGUAUUCUAUGUUAACUAAUUAAAAUAUAAUACAACAAAAUAGUUUAUUUUAAUUUGAGAAAUCCUUUUUUUUAGAGCUGGAUAAUAAAAAUUAGAAAGAGGAAAAACAUAUAUUAUUCUGCGGAUAACUUGGUAAAGUUGUCACCAACAUUGACCGAAAGAAGAGGAGAAACCACCAUAAGAGUUGAAGGAAAAGAAAAGUCAUGAGACUAUAAAAUAGAAUAGUAUACUACACAAACAUCAGUAUUCAUCUUCUUCUAUUUUGACUCUUAUUUUCACUAUCACAUUAUUCACAUCGAUUUUUAUCUCUACGGGUUUAAUCGCCAUCAUAAUAAUCAUAUUUUAAAAUUGAAAGAAAAUUCUAAAAUUGAAAGAAAAUUUUAAAAUUAAAAUAUUAAGUUCUCAAUACUUGUUCAAUGCAAAUUUAACAACUAAAAUAAUUAUUUUAUAUGAGAUAUAAUUUAAUUUAAACAGUAUUAAAAUAUAUAUAUACUUUUAAUAGAUCUAUUAAAUGAAAUUUUUUAUUCAUAUAGUUUUAUGAUCAUUAACAUCUUGUUAUAACAAAAAUUUAAACCAUUGAUCACAUCUUUUAAAAUAUGCUACUUUUAACAAUUUUAGUAAUUUAAAAUUAUUUUAAAAAAUUCAGAACUUAACAUAUACAAAAACAAAUCUAAAUUUUUAUGAUAUGGUGAAUAUGAUUGCUUUAUUUAUUUUAAUAAUAUAAAGAUAAAAAAUAUUAUGAAGGAUAGAAAAAUUGUUACAAAAUGCUUAAUAUUCAAAGUCCUUAAUUGAAAUAUAUAUUAUAAUUGUAUUAGUUACUUCUCAUAGAUUUUAUUUAAGGAAAGAAGGAAAAUCACCUUUUGUACAUUAAUAAUUAAUUUAUGAUUCAGUUUAGUAAAAAGUAUAGUAUAAGUUUAGAAGGAUCAACUUAAUUAUCUAGUGAUUCUAAAAAUUAUUCUACUAAUGACUAGGCAUGGGCGUUCGGGGGACCGUCGGUUUCGGUUCGGUUGAUUUGGAUUUUUGGUAUUAUGCUCUUAAGACCCAUUCGGGUUUUACUAAAUAUUGGAUCUUGUUCGGUUCGGUUCCUUCUAGUUCGGUUUGGAUCGGAUUGUAACCAAUGUCUGAAAUUGUCAAAAUAUAUUUUUUACACCCGAAAAAGUGACAAACAAAAUUCUAAAAUAUAUAAAUUACUUACAAAUCUAAUUAAAAAUUAGUUAAAUUAUCUAAAUUAACUUAAAAGUUAAAAUAACAAAUAAAAAACUACAAAAAUAUUUAGAAUAUUUAGAAUUCUAUAAAAUAUCUAAUUACCUUAACAUUGAUAAAAACAUUAACAUAUUUAACUAAUUUUGAAUAUUUUCGGAUCCUAGUUCGGAUUUCGGUUCAAUUCGGGUUAUACCCAUACCCCAAAGUACUAAGCUCAUAAGUUCCAUUCGGAUAAUUUUGUAUAGAGGUUUGGAUCCGGUUUCCGUUUUUUAGUUUGGGUUUAGGUAAGUACUUCGGCUUGGGGUAAAAAACGCCCUGGCCAAUAAUGACACUUGUCGUACGUAAAAGGUUAUAUUGCUUUUUUUAUGUUAUUCUAAUGGGUCGGGUUUUGCUUUUUGUAAUUCUAAUGGGUUGUGUUCUUUUUUUUUGGUCAGAUAAUGGGUCGUGUUCUUGUUUAGUUCGGAACAGUGGUUUAAAUGAUUAGUGGGAUUUUUUGUCUAUUCAUGUUUUAAGUGCUCAUUUGAAGCGCGUUACACUUAUAAUGUUUAGUCUUUUGUUUGCAAUUAUAAAUAAUACAUUUCUUACAAAAAAAUUUUUAUAAUGAUAAAACAUCUAAAACAAUAUAAUUUUAAAGAUUAUUUAAGAUUAUUUAUUGUUAUUUUGUCUAGCUGAACGUUAUUUUGUGAUAUAAAUUUAUGUAACCCGAUAUUUUAUAUAUAAAUAUCGUUAAUUUUAUAUGUAUUUUUAUAAGAUAUUGCUCAUAUUUUAUAAAUACAAUAAGUUUAUGUAGUUUGGAUAUAAUAUACAUAAAGUUAUUGUUAGUUUUAUAUGACAAAAAUGUUAAAAGAUGUUCAAUAAGUAACUUUUUUACUUAAGAGUUUGACUAACUAAAUAAUACUACAUACAGUUUAUAGUACUAUUUUUUUAUCGUAACAUACUUUUAGUAUUGUUUAGAUAACUUUUGAUCAAUUACAUUUUUCAUCAUUUACAUUUUUAUGAACUUUUUAUCGUUAAAAAAAUUUUUUUUUGACAUUUAUUUAUCUGUGUCAAAUUAAGUUAGAAGCUUCAUAAUUGUAUUGAGAUAGUUUCUUCCAUAUAUAUGUGUAGCUUUGAUAAUAUAUAUUUAUCUAUAACCGCUAAUAACGACACGGUUUUCUUAUAAUUAAGUUAUUGUUAGUUUUAUAUGACAAAAAUGUUAAAAGAUGUUCAAUAAGCAACUUUUUUACGUAAGAGUUUGGCUAACUAAAUAAUAUUACAUACAGUUUAUAGUACUAUUUUUUACCGUAACAUACUUUUAGUAUUUGUUUAGAUAACUUUUGAUCAAUUACAUUUUUUAUCAUUUACAUUUUUAUGAACUUUUUAUUGUUAAUUUUUUUUUGACAUUAAUUUAUUUGUGUCAAAUUAAGUUAGAAGUUUGAUAAUUGUAUUUGGAUAGUUUUUUUCCAUAUAUAUCUGUGUUACUUUGAUAAGAUAUAUUUAGCUAUAACCGCUAAUAACGACACGGUUCUCUUAUAAUUAAGUUCUAAUUAUUUUGCAAAUUUAUUUCAUCAUAUUAUCUUUUUAUUUUAGUUUUCCGUGUGUCUAUAUAUAUAUAUAUUUAUAUAUAUAUAAGUAUCCGGUUUUCUUAACCAAACAUGGUAUAAUUGGUUUAUCAAAACCAACCUUAUCUUGCGUGUGUUAUAAAAGUAAGCAAAACCCUAUUAUUUUAUUUUGAGUCAUAGAGGGGAGCCGCUUUGAUCUUCUUUUUACCCAAGCCUCUCUUAUAACUAAUCACCAUUGUUCCUAUCCUCUUAUUCUUCCUUCCUUUCUUCUAUUUGUGUGCUCUCUGGUACGUUUAGUGAAAUGAAGAGGAGCGACCAAGCAGGAGCGUUGUUGCGUUUGUCUCCAGUUCACAUCGCUGCAAGUCACCAGUCACCGGAGGAGGAACAUGUGUCAUGGGAAGCCAUUGUUGAUGUCCCUAGUGGAGUUGCAAAGUGGGCCCGAUAGGUGGAGAUAUGGAGAAGAGACAAACAGAGCCACCGUCAUCAACCGUAAGCUUUAUGCGUACGGUUAAGUUUGCCUUCCUCCUUGUUACUUGUUCAGCAAUUAUUAUUAGUCUAAUACCAAGUAACCCUAAUCAACAAAACGCUGCGGAUCAGUAACAUAACAGCGUCACGCGGGAUAGGCUGAAUAUGGUAAAUAUAAUAUAAAACCCAAAACUUGAGACAGCAACUAUAGAUGAAAUGGGCUAGAUAUCGUGAAUACAAUACGAAGCCCAAAACUUGAGACAACAACUAAAGAUGAAAUGCACAGUUUAAUUAACGCAGACAGGUGUCACAACCAGAAGAGAGUAUUUGAUGACGUGUCUCUCUCACAGGAGAGAAACAUAUUUUUAUAUAUAUAGACUAGGGUAGGCCCGCCCUACGGACAGAAAGUAAAGAAAAAAAUAAUAUUUAGUUUAUCUUCAAUUUUUGAAAAUUAUUUGAAAAUAUAUUUAUUAUUCAGAUUUGUUAUUUUUGUUUCCACUUUAAUUUUUUAUGAUUUGAAGGAUUUUUUUUUCUUUUGCUAAACUUCAUUUUAUUUUUAAACUUCAUUUUAUUUUUGUGAACAUAAAUGUAAUAAAAAUUCAGAGAUUAAGUUAAAAAUAUAUAAAAUUUUCUUACUCUUCUUAUUAAGUCUCAACCUUGGUGAACAUAUGGUUCAGGCGAAGUCUUUUAUUUGUUGACAGUUGAUUUACAGUUUCAGUUAUUGUUGUGUGUAUUAUUGAAAGGAUAUAUAUUAGUUUCUUCAAACCAAAGUCUGUGAGUCAAUUUCUCCACUUGCAUAACCCAGUUAGUUUUGGAAGGUAUCUUCUCUAGUUUUGAUUGUAUUCAUGAUUAUCUUUUCAAACAUAUAAAUUACACUUGAGGGUUAACUGUGUUAUGGCUAAUCUAUACGAAUCUGAUUGAACCGUUUUUAAAAUAAAACUAGAGAUCUGCGUCUCCGCGCGAGUAUCUGAUUUAACUUUUGUUCAACAGAAACUCAUAAAUUGCUGAUUUUAUAAGAAAAUUUCAUGUAUAUUCUUUUUAUGUUUUGUAAUUUACAUAUAGAAUAGAAUAUAUUAUUUUAUAAUAUAGAAUUUUGAUAAUAAUUUCUUUUAUUUGUACAUAAUAUUAUAUUAAAAAAUUUAUAACUUGUUGUAGUUUGAUGUAAUUGUACUAUUCAUAUAUUAAUCUGUUAUGUUUUGUUAAUUUAUUUUAAAAUGAAAUAACAUGCUAAAUUUUUUUUAUUUUUUGCAUUAGUUUUCUAUGAAUUAUUAUUAACUUUUUGAUAUAUUUUUUUCUUGAAAAUUGAACUCUCGAAAUUUUAUAUUUGACUACAUGUGAUUUAGUUAAUAUUCGUAGAAUAUUAAUAAUGAUCAAUAUAUGAAUAUCGAUUUGGUUAGAAAAGCUUUGGAAUUAUAAUUAAUUUAAAAUAGUUUUAAAUGCAGUGUUAGAAUUUGUAAGUAAAAAAAUAAAUUCAAAAAGGAAGUACUUAAUUUAUUGCAAAUACAAUGGUUAAAUGUGUAAAUAAAAAAAUACUAAAAAUACUGUUAUAUAUAUGUUUCUAAAUAAUUAUCAUUUAUAAUGUUAUUCAUGUAUCCAAACAGUAUCGAAAGGUAUUUCAGUUAAAAAAUAUCGAUAGAUCUUAUAAAAAUGUACUUCCUAUAAAGAUGGACCCGCACCUCUUGUUAUGUAUCUAAACAUUGAAACAAUCUUUAGUGAACACAUCACAAAAAGAAAGGGUCAACGGACGAUUAUUCGGGAAGACACGGAUAUAAGGGAAAUGAGUCUUUUUAACAAAGCCAAGACAGCUAAUUUUCAUCUUCAACUCUUUGAGUCUUUGACCGUAUCCCAACCGUGUAUGUAGUCAACAUGUCAUGUCCCACUUUUUCCUAUAUAUUAACUUCACACGAAACAUCACACGCCAAAACCAAUCUCCCUGAUACAAAACUCUUAUCCCAACAAUAUUCACAAAUAUCUUUCCAUAUGGCCUCAACAAUGGCAGAAACAAGCAGUUCAAACGUCAGAGACGAGCGGCCAUCUAACAAACUACAGAGACGGCUUCCGUCUUUAAAGAUAGAGAUUACGUCCGUUACUACGUGGAACGUAGCCAUCCCUCUGCUAUCGCCGCUCUAUUCCUCCCCCAAAUCAUCCUUCGACCAAUCUGCUGUUGCUCCGUCGCAGAACCAGGCUGAGAAACUGGCGGAUGAGGUGAAGAAGACGCCGGUUUUCAAGAAGUGGCAGCAUCCGGCGUCGCCUUUCUGCUACGACCAGACGACGUUUGUCCAGCCGUUCAUCUCGGUAUAGAAGGGUUCAUCUUAAUAGAUUUAACAAUCCAAGCUUGUUCGUGUGUCUACGCACGUUUAACUAUUUUCACCUUUUGUAGAAUCUAACAAAUCAGAAUGUUCUCUUCUAAUAUCAUUGAUAUUUAUUGUUUUCCAAUAUCAUUAAUAAGUCAAAAGACACGCUCCACGUAUGAA